UCCCCGGAUUGAGUAGAAAUGAUUUAGUCGGAGAGUAUCGGGACUUCACGCUUUCUCUUUCUUUUCUUUUGUUUACUCGAUUAUUUCUUAUCAAAAUAUUGAUUCCUCUGUCCGUGGUGCUGAAUUUUAUCAUUUGAAUCUAAUGUUGAUCGGCGCAGUGCAACAAUUUUUCCCUCGGUUUGAGCUUUCGCAUUUAUUUUUGUAAAGUUAAAUUAUUAUUUCACUAUUGGGGGGACCCUGUCAAUCCGUCCUAAUAAAAUGCAACUGAGCGAGUAAGACGGAAGGGACCCUGACUGUAGGCUGGCAUCAUUCUUCACCUAUUUUUGAGUCUAAAGGGGCGGUGUAAGUCAGACAAACAGGAGAGUUUAUUGCGCACAGAUAUCCAGCUUUACGCAACACUUGAUUGCAUGUUGGUGGACUGUGUUUUACUUUGUUUUUAUCUGAAAGCUAACAACAUAAGUGAAACAUCUGUCAGAGUAAAACUUUUUUGAGUGCGAGCGCAGAGCAGGUGGACCUGGAACAGCAUCUGUCAUGGGAGCGCACGGAUGGAGCGCGGUGCGUAUGGGGAUCGCAGUUUGUGGAUACUUGGCGUUUUUCUGCACUGAGUUCGUCCCGGUCACUGAAGCCGGCUGCAGGGAGAGGGGGAACCAGAACUGCUGCCCCAGCCGAGACAACGAAUGUUUUGAGUACACGAGGAGAAAAACGGUGUGCUACUGCGACAGCUACUGUCAAAAAACCAGAGACUGCUGCGAAGACUACCAACACGUGUGCCAAAUAUCUGCAGCUAUCGACUGUGCGGUUGGAUCAUGGGGUCCCUGGUCGUCAUGCUCCUCUCCGUGUGGAGUCGGCAGCAAGGAGAGGAGUCGCCAAGUGUCCACUCCCCCGAGAAAUGGAGGAACCCCUUGUCCAGAUCUCAGACAGAGACGAGGGUGUUACGGAAACAACGUCAUAUGUAACAAUGCCAAAGAGGUGGCAAAGAUCCUGCCUGAUUCUUUCAAGAGGAACUUCAAGGACCCUUGGAGGAGACCUCACAUGCUGAUGAAGGAGGAGAAGGACAGUUACUGUGUGUACCUCAGGGUGAAGCAGGCCAGUGCUGCAUGCAAGCUCAAGCUGUGGAGUGCUCAGCUGGUGCAAGAGCGGCUGGUCUGUGCAGAGUGUCAAAAUGAUGCCAUGUCAAAAUCUGAUCGCUGCGCAGGAGACGGCAUGGAAGGCAUUAGAACCUUCUGGACUGCAGCUCCUGGUUGUCAUGGUUCCUGGAUGCGGGAACUAUCCUCUGAGCGCUGCCGCUGUCCUCCUUACUCUGUCCUUUUUGUUUGAGCCGAUCUGAUUGUAGGGCUCUGAUUGCCCUCAGAGAGCCUCUUCCAGCUGAGAAGAGCCCUGUAGGGGAAACCAGACCUUUCUGUCCUGAUUUCUGGAUAGACAACUCAUGGAAAACAGCUGCAUCCUGCCACUUGUCAUCUCAUCCUCUGUACUGUAUAUCCCAGUAAUUAAUCACAUUGAAAUUCUUGCAUGUCUUCUCUUCAAGUUUGAAGCCACAUAGCUGCACAUCGAAACCACUGCGAAACCUACAUUGUUAUACCUCUGGAUCUUUGCUAUCUACCUCCAUCAAUGCAAAUGUGUAUGCUAAUGCAAAAAUGUAUAAAUCUGAAAAAUCUUGUAUUUUUAUUCAUACAUUUUAUACUUGUGUUGGUUUCUGUGUACUUUGUAUGUGCCUUAAUAGCUAAACCUUGUGUAUCUAAAAGUUAAAGACAAAAGAGCAGAUGCUGCCCAUAGUUUUAAAAGAAAUCAUCCAAAAAGCUCUAAACAUCUGUGCUGAAGAUGAUGUAAAUACUGAUAAAAUAUAUGCAUGCUCUACAAUUUCAUUUUUACAAAUAUUUCAUGAAAAAGUACAACGAUUGGGAUGACUGGGUACUGAUCACUCAGGUGUAUCUGAGAUGUCAUUUAGGCUCUCUCCUCUUCUGUCUGUUCUCAUGGUUUCUAUAUAAUAAUCUGUAUUUAAGUCUUUCAUUCCUCAAACUGAUUCUUUAAGAGUAACAAUCUGAAACUUCAUUGAUAAAUUCCUUAGUGUCUAACUCACUCAGCAACAAUGUUUAGGAAUCUGAAGUGUGCGUUUUCUGACGACAGGUAUUUUAUUUUUUUUGCUGUAGCUCAUUCUCAAAAAGUUAUAAUAAUAAUGCUCUUACAGUGCUCUGUCUAAAAAAGGCAUAGCUUUAGCUUUUGUUUCUCUACUUUAUCAGCAUGGUAGGCUUUGUUUUCAUGUGACUUGUUGAUCAUUUUACUGGUAUAACUUAUUUUAGUGCAGCACAAGUUAAUCGUAUGAAGACAAGACUCUUAAAAGAAGCAGUUCUUUUGAACAUUGUAAAUCUGUUUCAGCUACUUUUUGUGCCAGUCUAAAGGGGAUAACUCAGCAGUCCAUAUAAGGUCACAUUACACAGGAAAAGCAGGAUCUGCAUCAGCCACUACAGUCUUUUUUCACAAGUCCAACGGGUUAAAAACAUUUAGUUUGUUAAAAAAUUGUUUAUUUCAAAUGAAGAACGUAUUAUUGUCGGUCUAUAGUUAAAUUUUGUAAGUCGUUCACAGAAAAAUGAUCUGUCCCUUUUGGGGGUACGUGUUGUUAAAAAGAUCAGAGACAACAUACAAAGAAACACUAUCAAGAAAUAAGCCCAGUCAGGGUUCCAGGCAAAUAUCAGAACAAUGUUUUGGAAAAUUGAGCCUUAUCAAAUAUUUUCAUGAGAUCCUUCUUAAGACAGCAAGAAACCCCACCUUCAAGUAUGUUUUCGCUCAUACCGGCUCUGCUCACAGGGGAGCUUAAUCAACAGAGCAUCAGCCAGUAUAAACAACACAUAAAGCCAAGUUACUCCCAUGCAAUUAAUUAACUGAAUCUCCUCCCAAAACUUCCCACAUCUUCUUGUUUUUCUUUCUCAUUGCCUUGAUGUCUGAUCAAAAUAAACUGCAUAUUAACUGCAACGAUACAAAUUUAACUCAGCCAGUCAAUAAGUUAAUGUUUCAGUUACAGCUGUUUUAACAAGCAAGCUGAUAUAUCAGUAAAGGGAUUUUUGUAUCUUUCUUACAUCUUUGAUUUACGUUUUGUAUUUAAUAUAUAUGAAUUAAUAAUUUUUGAUAGUACAACACCAUACAAUAUCUAAUAGUGAAAUUAAACAAUUGUACUGUGUAUUCUGAAUAUAUAAUUGCCAGUUUGGUCACAUUUCAGUGAUGUGUGCUUUCUUCCUGCAUUGCCAUUUAUCACUUUUCCACUAUUCAGUAACAGUGACUACAGCAGUGGUAAGUAUAUCCCCCAGUUUGACUAGUUUUUACAAGCAACAAGAAAAGCAACAUUUACAAAACCAUAAUAAAAGCCAACAUAUAACCGUGAA